UCGGAACAAGAGGGCUUUAUCAGAACAAUCUUUUGCUGUUGAAUUAGCUGCCAUGUUUCACUUCCCUCUGUUACUCACGCUCGGGAGCUGCUCCUUUCCUGACAAACAGAGAAGCGGAGACAGAGAGCGAAGGUGUUACGGCAACGCUGCUAAGUACAGUAUAUCUGCAGGCAAACCUUUUUCUGUCAGACUAAACAUGGUGUCUCUGUGGUGUGUGUUAGCUCUGCUAACCUUUCUCUUUCCGGAGGCUUCAGGAACUAACCCCGGAGUAAAAGUGAGACUAACUGAAAAGGGGCUUGAGUAUGGCCGUCAGAUUGGCCUCAUUGCCCUUCAAAAGAAGCUCAAAGAAAUUAAAAUCCCAGACAUAAGCGGUUCAAAGAAAGUGCAUCUCGUCGGCAAAGUCUCGUAUAGUCUGAAAGGCAUGAAGAUUGUAAAUCUAGGGUUGCCCAAGUCGGCCGUGGGGUUGGUACCUGGCACUGGGGUGAGUCUGUCCAUCAGCGAUGCCUACAUUAACCUGCACGGCAACUGGAGAGUCAAAUACAUGAAAAUCAUAAAGGAUCACGGCUCUUUCGACGUGUCUGUUAGCAGACUCAGCAUCAGUGCCACCAUCGGUGUUAAAGAUGAUGGUGCAGGGCGUCCGAUGGUCAGCUGUGCGGCCUGUAAAGCCUCUGUUGGUCACGUCAGGGUCAAGUUUCAUGGAGGUGCCAGCUGGCUGUAUAAUCUGUUUAAGAGCUCUGUCGAUAAGGCUCUGCGCAAAACUCUACAGAAACAGAUCUGUUCUCUGGUUUGUGAAGCCAUACAAGAGAUGAAUCCCCAUCUAAAAACUCUAAAUGUUCUUGCGCAAGUCGACAAGUACGCUGAAAUUGAGUAUUCCAUGGUGGAGUCUCCGCUCAUUUGUAAUUCCAGCAUUGAUCUCAGUUUAAAGGGUGAGUUCUAUAACAUCGGACAUCAUACAGAGCCCCCGUUCUCCCCAGCCCCCUUCUCUCUUCCCCCUCAGGACAGCAACAUGCUGUAUAUGGCAUUAUCAGCCUUCACCCUGAACUCAGCCGGCUUCGUGUACGACAACGCCGGAGUGCUCGGCCUCUAUGUAACAGACGACAUGAUCCCAUCUAGUUUCCCUUUUCGACUGAACACAAAGACAUUUGGGACAUUUAUUCCAGAAAUUGCUAAGCAGUACCCUGGCCUGAUGAUGAAGCUCCUGGUGAAGCCUGUAAAGGAGCCGCACGUCUCAUUUAAGCCUAACAACGUGAUGAUGGAGGCGAACAGCACCAUUACCGCUUACGCUAUUCAGCCCAAUGCCACGCUGACUCCCCUCUUCAUCCUCAAUGUGAAUACCAGCGUGAGUGCUCAGAUUUACAUCACAGGCCUCAACGUGGCUGGAGUUUUAAGUCUGAAUGAAAUGGACUUGACAUUAGGGAAAAGUUUCGUGGGACCUUUUCAGGUGAAAACACUUGGCAAUGUUCUUACGCUAGUCUUGAAAGGUGUUGUGAUACCGGCAGUUAACGCUUACUUAAAGCAAGGGUAUCCCCUCCCUGCAAUUGGAAAAAUGAACCUCGUCAACACUCAGCUUCAAAUUCUAAAGGAUUAUGUGUUGAUUGGGACAGACGUCCAGUUCACCGAAUGAGCUUUACUGAAGUCAGUGAAUUCCUUUUUCAAACAAAACCGCUUGCUUCCAGGAUCUUUAACCUCUUCAUAUUCAUAUUUCCAUAUCUGUUCCAUAUAUUCUUUCCAAGGCCUGGGAUAACUUACGUUCUCGCUUUGUGUCCAUUCUCUGUUGUCACAUAGGAAGAGGUGUGGCUCAGACCGUUGCACAGUCUCUUACUAGCAGAUGACAGAAACAGUAAUAAUGCACUGAUUAUGGACAGUUUUACGGAUGUAACAGUGCAUCCGAUUGUAACCUUGAUCUGAACAGAUAUGCAAAGAAAAUUUAAGUGUUUGAUUUUAAAACUCACCUUCAACAGUACACAGUCUCCUACAUUAACAGAAGCAGUAUUAGUACCUGUGGGUUCAGAAGGCAAAUACUCUUUGAAAUAAAAUAAAAAAAUUAAAUCACA